AUGGGUAAUACUUUGUAUAGCAAUAUAGGACACAGUACAACAGAAUUGGAUGAUGUAUAUUGUAAAUACUUAAACAAAUUAUUUAACAUAUAUAAUUAUCUAUUUAAAUAUGAGCAUUUCUUUUUUAUGAAUUCAUAUACCCUCAACAAUUUCUAUCAUGUUCUGGAGGGUAUUAAUAACAAUGAGGGUCAUGUUUUAAUAAAAAUUUGUAAAUUAAAAUCCGAAGCUCCCAAAAUAAAGAGAAUAUUAUAUACUCUAAAAUUUCUUUUCUCAUUUGAUCUCUUUCCAAAUGUAUUACCUUAUAACCGCAUGAGUGUUUAUGAAAAUAAUAUUUAUAUAUACAGAAGAUUUAUAUUCAAAAAUUUAGAUCACUAUUUAUCUAAUAAGAUAAAUACAAACAAUUUUUAUUAUUUUUAUAUAUUUCAAAUAUUUCUAUCUAUAAUACAACUUCAUUCCUUGGGAAUAUAUCAUGGACAUAUAAAAAGAGAAAAUGUGCUUAUACAAAAUAAUAUGCACAUUUUUUUAACAGAUAUCAAUAUACUGAACGACUAUUUAUAUUUUAUACCCAAAAUAAGAUAUGAAGAUGAAAGAAAAGGACGGUUGAUGAAAUUGCAGGAAGAUAUUUUUAACCUAGGGAUACUAAUCUUAGAGAUAUUAUUAAGGGACAAGGAUGUUUCCUAUUUUUUUUUAAAUGAAAAUUGUGCAUAUAAGAAUGAUGAUAAUUUUUAUAGUGGAAGAAGGAAACAGAGCGGUUUGACGUUUUUAAAGAAAAUGGAAAGUAUAGAUGAAGAUGAUAAGAAUGAUGUAGAGAAUUACCACCAUGAUAGUAAUGAUUAUCAUCAUAAUGAAAAUUAUUAUAAUAUGAAUCAACAUUAUGAUUAUCAUAGUGAUAAUUAUUAUAAAUGUAAUAGAUCUAAUUAUAAAGAAGAAUAUACUAAUGAUGAAAAUAAAAAAAAUGGAGAAUACCAAAAAAAAUAUGUACAUGCAUUAUCUUUACCUUCAAUUAAGAAAAAAAAAAAACAAAUCAAAAAUGAAGAAUAUCCAUAUUUUAAUAAAAACCAAAAUAUAAAAAUGAAUAUAGAUAAAUAUAAAUAUUAUAAUUAUCAUUAUAUAAACAAUGUUAACUAUAUUAAUAUAUAUAAUGAUAUAUAUAAUAAUGUUAGUCCUUUUUCAUCUAUUGAUUACAAUGGAGAAAAUAUUUUUUAUGAAAAUGAUUCUAACUUUUUUAAAAGACAACCUAUCAAAUAUUCUAAUACACAUAAUAUUAAGGAACAAUUAAAUGAUGAUUUUCAGGAAAAUAUUAAAUAUAAUGAUAAAAAUAUAUAUCGGCAAAAGCAAAAUGAACAGGUAACACAAAAAAAGUCACAAGGGAUAAAUAUUUAUAAUGUCACAGAUUUGUUUGAUGAUAAUAAGGAUGAUAAAUAUAAUACUGGUGGUGGUGAUGAAAAUGAUAACCAUGGUAAUAAAAAUGAUAACCGUGGUAAUAAAAAUGAUAACGAUGGUGAAAAAAAUUAUAAUGAUGGUGAAAAAAAUUAUAAUGAUGGUGAAAAAAAUUAUAAUGAUGGUGAAAAAAAUUAUAAUGAUGGUGAAAAAAAUUAUAAUGAUGGUGAAAAAAAUUAUAAUGAUGGUGAUAAAAAUAAUAUUAGCAACAAUGCUGAUAUAUAUUAUAAUAAUUUACAUAAUUCCAAUUAUUAUAAUAAUGUUUAUACGAAAAAAACACCAAAUAAGAUAAAAAAAAAUGAUCAUAAAGAUCCUCAUAUGGUACCAUAUAAAAUUUGGAAAGUUGUAAAUCAAGUAAAAAACCCUUUAAUUAUCUAUUCCCUUAUUAAUCAUUUUUUUUCUUAUAAAAAUAAUAAUAAAAAUAUAUUAAAAAUAUUUAAUUAUUGGUCAUAUUAUAUAUUCCCAAGCACAUAUAAAUACAUCUUCUUUCCUUUAUCCAUAUUACAAUUACAUCCACUAUUUAAGAAUUCAGACUUUUUUAUAUUAUUAUUACAUUUUAAUUUACCAUUUAUUUUAUUUCAUCUAGACUUAUUUUCUAACAAGGAACAAGAUAAAUAUAUUUUAUUAAAUAUGCUUAACAGAAGGAAUAACAAAUCUGGUUAUGUAUCCACAGGGAAAGGAUCUGAUCCAGCAUAUGAAAAAAGUGAUAAUGAUGAUGAUGAUGAUGAUGAUGAUAAUAAUAAUUAUAAUAAUUAUAAUAAUAAUAAUAAUAAUAAUAAUAAUAAUUAUUAUUAUAAUUACCAUUAUGAUGAUUAUGGGAAUAAUGUUCGUAAUAAUCAUCACAUAGGUACAUAUUUGGGAAGGUUAAAUUAUUACUUCAACAUUGUGCGUACACACACAACAAGUAUAAACAAGCACCAAAUGAAGGCAUAUAUUAUUAAUACAAAUAUAAAUAAUCAAAUAAAAAAGCAAAUAUUGAAACAAUGGCAUUCUUACAAGAAAGAAAAAAAACAGGAAUAUGCACAAUAUGUCGUAAAUAAUAAAAAUAAUGUACACCAUAAUAUAUAUAUUCAUAAGAAAACUAUUAAUAAUAAUAAUAAUUAUAAUAAUAAUAAUAAUUAUAAUAAUAAAAGAAGUUAUCAUUCACUUAGUUAUUUCCCUUUUCCUAUUUUGUCAUAUAAAAACGUGCAUGCAUUUUAUAAAAACUUUUUAAACUUUUACCAAUUUUUGUAUUAUUCAAUUUUUUAUGAACACAAAAGUUAUAUGGACGUUUUCAAGUGUAUGGAAUAUUACAAAAGGGAAAUCUAUAGCCCCCUAUUUAACGAUUUUUAUUAUAAACAAGAUAGGAAAAAAAAAGAGACAAGCAUGAUGAAUAAUAUGCCUAUGAAGAGGGAUCUUGGCAAUGAAAUAUUUGCAUGUGCGAAUAAUAUACAAUCAAAUAAAAUACAUUUAAAAAAAAAAGGAAAAAAGGAAACAUGUAAUUAUAUUAAUAAUAAUAAUAAGGAACGUAAUAAUAAUGAACAUAAUAAUAAUAAUAAUCCUAGAGCUAAUGAAAAUGUGGUAAGGUGGCAAUUCAAUGAAGAUAUAUGUCAAUUAAUAAAUAUUAUCAUAUGUUGUUAUAAUUCCUUAACAUACAAUUUUGUUAAGAUGUUAACUAUCGAAAUAAUAUAUUGUAUAAUACUUCAUAUAUCUGAAAAUAGAUUAAAUAAUGAAUUAAUAUCUUUUUUAUUAUAUUGUUUUAAUAAAGAAAAUGAGAAAAUAAAGAUUAUGGUUAUAAAAUGUUUUUAUAAAAUUAUAAACAAUUCAAUGAAUAAUAGACCUAAUAUGCAAUUAUAUAUAGAGAAAUUCCUACCUAAAUAUUAUUUGUUAAAAAAUCAAGAUAUAUAUGAAAAAUACUAUUAUUCAAAAUAUUUACCUCUUUUUUCUUAUAUUACUAUUCAAUAUAUAUAUAAUGAAAGUUUAUUAAAAAACAAUAUAACAAAACAAAAAAAAAAUACAUUAUCGCAAAUACCAUAUAUGGAAAUAUUAAAUGAUAUAAAAACAGAAAUACAAUUUAUUCUUAACACUCAACAAAAUUAUUAUGAAAAUUUAUUUGAAUUCUAUAAUCAUAUAUUUCCAUUUUGUAAAAUUAUGAACAAAAAAUGGGUUAAAAUUUAUAUUCUCCCAUAUUUAUUAACAAAUAUAUAUAAAAGCAAAAACAAUUUUAUAAAAGCUAGUUGCGCAAAAGUUACCUUAAAAAUUGUUUUUUACAUUAACCAAAAAAAAGUAUAUCAUAUUUUCUUACAAUAUUUAAACAAAUUAUUAUUUUCUCAAAAUGAACAAAUCAUUGAAUUCCUUUUAUGUGAACUUAAUCACAUAUUAAAAAAAACAUGGCAAAAAUAUAAACAAGAACAAAAAAAAUCCAAAAAAUUCUGGAUUUUUUUAAAGAAAAUUCAACUUGAUCACUUAUACAUUCAUCCGUCUAUAAUCAUACAACAAUUAGUUGACAAAAUAAAAAAUAAAUUAAAAAAUAUAGAGUAUAGAACCACAAACAAAAAUAAUAAAAUGAUAUUUAUGUAA